UAUAAAAAGCGAUGAAUUUCGGCCUUUUAAUAGAUGUUAAUUGUCAGAAGACAUAGCAUGGAAAAAACACUAAAAUAUUUCCUUAAUUUUCUCUUAGGUUUUAUGUUUUGUAUGCUAAUAUUAUGGUCAGAAAAUAUCAGAAAUUGUUCGUUAGAGAAUAUUUAUGUUAAGUGCUGUAACGGAAGCAUCAAACACGUCAGAAAGAAAUUUCCUGAGCAUAAACACAAUAACAAUAUUCGCAAAGACAAAAAGGAAGAAGAACGAAAGUUGGUUGGUGUUUGUAGCGGUGAUUUUAAGCGUUGGCAUCAACGUGAUGAUAGAUACGACAACCAAGAAGAAAUUAAAACAUAUCAUGGAAUACACUGCAAUAGUUCAGUUAAAACAACAUGCAUUAGCGAUACGUUAGUUGGUCCGUUGCAUGUCCACAAAGAGCGAAUCACCUUAGAUUGGCUGCAUGAAACAGAGCUCAGCUUUGUCAACAAUGGCGGUUGGUGGAGUCCUGUAGAUUGUCACGAAAAACAGCAAACCGCGAUUGUGAUUCCAUUUCGAGACAGGGAAGAACAUCUUGCCAUUCUUCUUCGUCAGCUUCAUCCAAUACUUUAUCGAAACAAUUUACAUUACAGAAUAUUCGUUAUUGAGCAAAGUGACAACUACACAUUUAAUCGAGCCAAGCUAAUGAAUGUGGGUUAUCAAGAAGCUGGUAAAUAUUUUCCAUACUCGUGCUUUGUGUUUCAUGAUGUCGAUUUAAUCCCCGAAAAUGAUCGCAUAAAUUACGCUUGUAAACAUUCUCCGAUGCAUUUAUCUGUAGGUAUAGAUAAAUUCCGCUAUAUCCUCACUUACCCUGAAUUAUUUGGAGGAAUAGAAAUGUUUUUGUCGCAAGAUUUCAAAAGAAUAAAUGGAUUUUCUAAUUCUUUUUGGAACUGGGGUGCGGAGGACGAUAACUUAUACAGGAGAUGUAAAAAACACAACCUGACAAUACACAGACAGUCAAUACAAAUUGCUCGAUAUACCAUGCUAAAGCACCACGAUAAUCGAGACAAUGCACCACCGCACGAUGUGAGAACGUCUUUCUUAAGGAACUCUUUAAAUUAUUUUGUUCAGGACGGAUUGGGUAAUCUUCAAUAUGACCUCAUCGAUAGGAUAGAGCAUUCGCUUUUUACCUUAAUUAAAGUAGAUUUAAGAAAAGACAGAGAUAAACUGUUUGGGGUAGGCGAGUUUCCACGCUAAGAAAAGUGAUUAGCUACCGGAUAAUGUUAAACCACAGCUAUGUCCCAUCAAGACCAUCAACUUUUAAAAUUAUUUAUCAACGAAGUUAGGUGGUAUCUCGAAAAUUGAAAGAUGUAGAAGCUGAACAAACAGCCUUUAGUUUAAUUCUCACAUAUCAAAUUUUAACUUUUAUUUUUUUUUUAAAAACUUAGCGACCAUAUUUGAAAUUAAGUAUAAAUUUAAAAAAUACUUGUUGUCCA